GUCCACAACCUUCCUUAAAACGCCCACGUCUCCUUUAUCGCUCAUGAUGCCAAGAAGCUAAAUCUUUUUUUCUUUUUCAAAGAGGAAGAACGUUGCUACCCAGGUCCUGGAUAUCCAACGCCCUUGGACGCCAUGAGAGGACCCCGAGAGAAGCUGAUAUACGUGAUUUGCGUCUUAAAUGGCACAGGGACCGAAAUGCCGGAUUAUCUUGCCACAGUGGAUGUUAAUCCUGAAUCUCCCACUUUUUGCCAAGUUAUUCACCGUCUGCAAAUGCCCUACAUUAAUGAUGAGUUGCGCUGCAUGAGCUGGAAUACUGGUAGCAGCUGCUUUGGAGACCCUACCAAGAAACGCAACCAACUGGUUCUUCCUGGUUUCAACUCUUCACGGAUUUAUAUUGUGGAUACCGGGACUGACCCCCAAGCCCCCUGUCUGUUUAAAGUUAUCGAACCUAAGGAGGUCUUCUGUAAAACCAACCUGGCUACAUUACGUAGCGCACGCUUUCUGCCCUCUGGAGAUGUUGUGAUCAGCUCCUUAGGAGACCUGUAUGGCAAUGCAAAAGGAGGAUUUGUUGUCGUGGAUGUGGAAUCAUGGGAAGUGAAAGGCACCUGGAACCCCCCUGGGGACGCAGCUCCACAAGGAUUUGAUUUCUGGUUCAAACCAAGGCAUAAUGUCUUAGUCAGCACUGAAGCUGGAGCUCCCAAGUUCUUUGCGAAUGGGUUCAACCCUGAAGAUCUAAAGAAAGACCGCUAUGGCCGCCGCCUGAACGUGUGGGACUGGACAACCCAUUGCCUUGUCCAGUCUAUUGACCUGGGGGAGGAUUCUGAACCCUUGAUUGUCCGCUUUCUGCAUAACCCAGACGCCCCACAUGGCUAUGUGGGCUGCACCUUCGACGGCGCUUUGCAUCAUAUUUUCAGGAAGGAGGAUGGGUCUUGGGCCACAGAGAAGGUUGUCCAGAUUCCAAAGAAAUUGGUCACUGGGUGGCACCAACCUGAAAUGACAGCGUUCCUCAUAGACAUCGUCAUCUCGCUGGAUGACCGUUUCCUGUACCUGAGCAACUGGUUCCAUGGUGAUGUCCGACAGUACGACAUCUCUGAUCCUCACUGCCCUCGGCUGACGGGCCAGGUGUUUGUAGGAGGCAGCAUCUACAAAGGCGGAGUGGUGACUGUGAUUAAGGAUGAAGAGCUGGACUGCCAACCAGAUCCCUUCAUGCUCCAGGGAAGGAGAGUAUAUGGAGGACCCGAAAUGCUUCAGCUGAGCUUGGAUGGGAAAAGGCUUUAUGUCACCAACAGCCACUACACCCCAUGGGACCAGCGAUAUUAUCCACAACUGGUCAGGGAAGGGUCAGUCAUGCUCCAGAUUGACGUGGACACGGAGAACGGGGGUCUCUGUGUGAAUCCGGACUUCCUGGUGGAUUUCGGGAAGGAGCCGUGGGGUCCCGCUCGUGGCCGCGCAAUGCGUUACCCCGGAGGAGACUCUACUUCGGACAUCUGGGUCUGAGAUCCUCCUCCGAUCCCACCCUCUUGCUAAGCUAACAUUUAAGGGGCAGGGAAGCAACUCAGAAAAUAUUGUUGGGUUGUAAUGUAGCGCAGAUUUCCACGUUUGAGGCCAAUGUAAACAGAGAAAUUAAAGUUAUUAUAAUAAAUC